AAAAUCUUUUCUUUUUUUCUUUCUUUCAUUCUUUUUGGUCGCGCACUUUCGCUAUGACUCCAAAACACUUUUUUCCUAAUAUAGUUGCCUUUACUUUUAAGUCAAAUCCAUAUUCAUGAUAUUCUACUUUCUUUAGCUGCACAUCCUCUCCUUUUCAUUAUAGAUUGAUUGGUUUUUCUAUUCGAACUCUUUCUGCCGAAUCGUAGACACUUUCUUCCGUUCUUGUUUCCCUUUUUUGCACAAGAUUGAUUGCCUCUCUAGUUAGAUGAACUGAAAUUCUUUACGCAUGGCUCUUAAUUAUCCUCUUUGUAAAUCUCUUGUCCUUAGUGAAAUAAUCACAACUCUUGCUUCGAUAUAUGCGAUGUUAAGGAAUUUCAUUGACUUCUUCCAAGCCAAUAAAUAUUUAUAGUUUUUUUUUUGCUUUUUUUUUUUUUUUUUUUUUCUAGCAUAACCAGAUUGCAGAGUAUUAAGCAAUAGUAAUAAAAUGAGGUUAACGAUCUAGAAUUUUUUUAUGCUAAUCAUAAUUCUAAUUAAUAUUCUUUUGUAAGUGAGAUCAAAUUUUAAAAUUCUGUCAAUAGAAUUAAUUUAAUAGCUUGUGAAAGUAGUAAAACAUUAACUAAAACUAUGGCUUAACUAAUUAAUGGCCGUUGUCCGAUUGAGGUAUAAAAGUUUGCAAAAGUCUUCCAAGAAAAUCAUUUCCAUUCAAGUGCUUAUCUUUGAACAAACCCUCAACCUAGACUAGUGUGAUUAAAAGUUAAGCGAUUCAGAUUUGCGAAAUAUGCGUUUAGAACUAGUUUUACUAAUUCUAACCGCUGUGCUCUCACAGCCGACCUAUGGCCAUGACGAUACAAACCAUGGAUCUGUUCGAUCACAUGGCCGGUUAGCUGCGGCUAACCCAGCAAAUCGUAAUUUCAAUCUACUUGACAUAUUAAGUCAGAAAGGUCUGGCAGGUCAAUCUUCACCAACAAUAGAAGUGAUACAAAGCGGCGAUGAUUGUAACGAUUGCGAUGAUGACGAUUAUUACGAAUAUGAGUAUUGUGAUGAUUGUGAUUACUAUUGUGAUGAUUGUGACGAUUAUGACGAUGAGGAUGAUAUAGACGAUGAUUAUUAUGUAAAUGACGAAGCAGGUCAAUCGGUGUCAACUUUGCCCGCAGAGAAGGAACUUCAUUUCCGUAAUGAACGAAAGGAGAAAAAUAGUAAGAAAACUCAUAAUCAGGAUAGCGAGGAUACGGAUGAUGAUGAUGAUGAUGAUGAUGAUAAUGAUGAUGAUGACAACGACGACGACGACGGCGACGACGGCGACGACGAUAACGAUGAUGCCGGUGACGAUGGCGAUAGUGAAGAUGAUGAAGAGCAAUUAAUAGACGAUAAUGAAGUCAGGGAAAGCGAUUCAGAAAACAAAGCUACACAAGUCCAAUCAAGUACUUCUCAAGUAAACCCACGGCAACAAAUUCGUGAUGAAGUGCAGGCUGUGUUGAAUGCCGUACGACGGUCUGAUAUGCUUAGAAGAGAACAGGCUCAUAGAAAACUCGUUAGAAGUAAUAGUAAGUGCAAAGCAGAAGUAAAGCGUUUACGUAGAAAGCUAAAAUACAAAGCCCAUGCUCAUCGACGCCGCAUUGCUGCCGCUAAGAGACGAGCACAAAGAAUGCGCAGACGUCGCCAGCAGAAGCAAAGACGUCGCCGAAAUAAAACAAGAACUGUAAAGGUUAAGGCUUAGUAUCUAAAU